AUGAAACAAGACCACUCAGCAGACUCUAAAAAUCACUCAGAAUCCCUUGAUAAGCAGGAUAUUCCAUCCCAAUCUUCUCAAUUAUUGAGUGAGGACCGAGAUUUGAGCAAUAAAUGCAGAAAAAGUGAUGACGCUAUGAUCCUUAAAGAUCAUGAGAACAAACAGUUUAACCGCGGUAUGACGAAAAAUGAGGGUCACAUCCCCUCUUACUUUGAAAAUUUCCAACCCAUUGAGAACUUCAAGGAGAACUUUAAGUUCUUAAAAAGCGAGGUGAAAGAUGCAUAUAGCAAGAGACAUGAGGUCAUAACAAAGAAGUAAUUCAAGGAUCAUUUUGAAUAUAUAAAACUGAGUACAAGGUCAACGUUAAUAUAUGCUAAAGAUCAUCUUUUCAACUUUUCUAAUUAUGAGGACAGCUAAAGCAGAAAAAGUAUGAACGAGCUCUAUAAUUAGUACAGAUGGCAAAUCAUCAUAAUGAGCAGCAGCAUGAUUUCCAUGUUUUUGAUGAGGAAGUAGUUAAAGUAGCUAUUGCUUGAUAGUAGAAAGAGUAAAUAGGGAGAUUAAGAUUUCCUCUAGAGACUACAAAGCAAAUUUUAUGGUCCUGCUCCCUCAUUUUAAAAUGUCUAGUAUCAGAAAAUUUCAUUAGAUAACUUGAUAUAUCGAUAUAACAUGAGCAUCAGUAUAGGUGUUUUCUUGUUUGGCUACGGUAUCAGCCUAAGCGGCCACACUCUUUAUUAGUUGUUCUGCAAAAAUCAUCAAAAUAACGUUGAGUAAAGCGGAAAAGACGAUGAGGAGUGA